AUGGCAACUACACAAAACCAAGACAAGCAAAAGAGCAUAACCGAAGAAAAAAACCUUGCUGCCCUUGGUGUGCUUGAAGAAGACGAUGAAUUUGAAGAAUUUGUUACAGAAGAUUGGGGUGAGGAUGAAGAGGAUCAAAGUGAUGCUCACUUUUGGGAAGAUAAUUGGGAUGACGAUGAUAUUGAUGAUGCUUUCUCAAAGCAAUUACGUGCUGAACUCGAGAAAGAACCAAAUCAGCCACAGCCAAUGAAGAUGUAA